AACCAGGAAAUCUUGACGAAGCGUAUGCGCUGAGUCGCUGACCCUCUCCAACUUGGUAAGCUCUGCUCCCUCUCUCUCUAGGCGACCUCUCAACAAAGCCAAAGGGCGUGUGUGCACCACGGCGAGAUAAAGGACGUGUGCAUACCACGGCGCUCUCUCCCUCCCACUCUCUCACCAAAUAAAGAAAAAGCAUUCUAUUAUCGUCUAACCAUCUUUCAUUGUUCACACCUACCACUGUCCGAUUCCUUUCUUUGUUCCUUCUUGGCUUCUCUCGCUUCUCCUGGUUUUGUUCCAGUAAUCGGCCGGCGCUGUUCCUCUUUGCCCUUCCAAGCCUCUCGAGGACACUUCGUUGUUUAAUAGAUAUGGAAUUUUUCUUUAGAAACCUAAAUGAAGAGUCUACGCCUUCUCAGCUGGACAUGCUUAGAUGUCCAUUCUUAAGGAACAUCAAUGAACCGACUAACUUCUCCUUCUCAUCGUCCCUGGCUUUCCCAAUGCCUGUACGUGGAGCCAAAGGUCCCAUUUUUGAGGAUGGUCCCAAUUUUGAUAUGGCAUUUAGGCUUUUCCAUGGGUGCGACGGAGUUGUCCCCCUUUCUGCGAAAUCAUUUGUGAGUUCUGAGAAAGUAGUGCCUGAGCAAGUUCCAGCCCAGUUCAAUCCUUUAGCGGCUAAGGCAGCCACUAUCAGCCUGUCAUCCUUUGGACCUGGAGGACCUUUCAGUUUUGAUUCAUUUUCUGAGAAGUUUAAGAGUCAGAAAAGAAAAUCCAACUCAUCCAAGAAAGAGUCUUCUUCACAGGGAGGAAAUUCAAAGCAUGAGGCAUUGAGCAACGAGUGGCUUCAAACUGGAAAUUGCCCCAUUGCAAAGUCUUAUCGAGCAGUUAGCAAUGUUCUUCCCCUAGUUGCUAAGGCAUUUCAGCCCCCUCCAGGUAUGAAAUUCAAGUGCCCACCUGCAAUAGUUGCAGCCCGAGCAGCUAUAGCACAAACUGCUUUUGCAAAGAACCUCCGGCCACAACCCCUGCCUGCAAAAGUACUUGUGAUUGGAUUACUGGGCAUGGCAGCAAAUGUUCCUUUAGGGAUAUGGAGAGAACACACCGAGAAAUUCUCACCAGCCUGGUUCGCUGCAGUUCAUGCGGCUGUUCCAUUCAUAGGUAUGCUGAGGAAGUCUGUGUUGAUGCCCAAAGCAGCUAUGGCUUUUACCAUUGCAGCAUCGGUGUUAGGACAAGUCAUUGGAUCUAGAGCAGAACGUCACCGAAUGAAGGCAGUAGCUGCAAAGAAAUUGGUUCUUGCAGGAGCACCUGCUGGGUCAAAUCAGCCAAGUGUGGUUAAAUCAAAAGGCGGACAUUGUGGUGAAAUUGUGAACUGGAAUCCAGUUUCCCUUGAGCUGUCUGGGUCUUCUUCUCCAGCAGAUGUUUAUUGCUAAUUUUUUUUUCACAACUUAUGUCAUCGUAUGUUAUAUCCUUGUUUAUUAGUAAUUACAAGGUGUAAUUCUGUGUUCAACAAAUUAUGCGUGCCUGUUUCAUAUUGUUUUGGCUCUUUGCUACGUUCUUAUUGGGGAUACUUCUCGGCAAAUAAUGGAAUAAAAGAAAUACCAUGAAAAUGGUUUACUUA